AUGUCUUCUUUCAAGAAAAAGGUCUCAUCCAAGCACGUCGCCUUGCCUGGCACGCGUCUGUCGCCAGGAUCCACGUCUACUACCAUCACAUCUACCGGUAUACCUUCGUUAGACGAUCUCCUAGGCGGUGGCUUGCCUUUAUCGUGUUCACUCCUCGUGCAAACGUCCGAUCCUCAUUCAUCCUACGGAGAAUUGGUGCAGAAGUAUUUCAUUGCACAGGGUCUUGCCACUCGUCAAAAUGUCUGCGUUAUCUCGGAGAAUGCGUUGAAUCUUGUCCAGGGUUGUAUGUGGCUGCCGAACUCUGGGAACAUUCAAUAUAACUCUCCGGAGCCCGUAAAUACAAUCAACAUGAAUGAUGACGAGGAUACCGGCCAAUCUACAGACGAAAAAAUCAAAAUUGCUUGGAGAUAUGAACAGAUGAAACCAUUCCAGACUACGGUCCCGUCAUCCACUCUAUCUGGAACCGAGGAAUUCUGUUCGACAUUUGAUCUGACCUGUCGCAUACCGAAUUCAAUUAUCAACAGUGCUCUACACUCAGGGCAACUUUCGUUGUUCGAUGUAGGUACCGUCGGCAUGGACGAUGUGUCAAUCCCAUGCUCUACUUUAGUACUCCGCCAAAUCGAGAAAGUUAUUAGGGCAGGAUCUCCGUCAACACCCCUCCGGAUAUGUAUUGAAGCCUUAGGGUCUCCCGAAUGGGGGGAUGUGAACAGUCAUAUUACGAUUUUUGCAUCGUUUUCGGACACUUUUGAAGAGACAUCCCCAUACAUGUGCCUCAAUCAACCUCCCAUGUCAUAUUUCGAGGCCGUUCUGGGAUGGUCCAGGCUGGUCCCAAAAGCUUGGAUGACGUAUUUCAUUGCAUCAAAUUCAACAUUCCUUGCAGCCAAUCCAGCUUUGACUGCGCUCUCUCCUUCUCACCAUGGCCUCGUCGAGAUCCGCAGUCUACCGUCGCCACACACGUUACUUUCACCCAGUGACAAAUUUUCCACGUUACGUGGACUAUCAUCAUCCGCUACGUCUUCUGGGGGUGGCGGAGAGAAUAACCUCGCAUUUAAGUGCACGAGGAAGCGGCUGGUAUUCGAAACGUUGCAUCUUGAUGUUGAAGGGGGUGUCGGAGAACGGCGGACAACACCCUCCACCGGAACAGUCAUGCAAGGUGUCAUGAACCAUGAUACUCGUGAUCAGCCUCCACUUACGAGAACGGCAGUAGCAGCCGUAGAUGUACACUUGGAAGAUGAUCUGAAAGUCCCAGUGGCCUCUUCAAUCACGCCCACAAUUCAGAUGGAAGGCUUCGCGGUGGCAAUGGCACAGAAUUCAUCAAUGAUGGACACGUCGAGUCCCAUGAGCGGGGAGGUCUCUGCGAAGGGAAAGAAGCCAAAGAAGAGGGUUGCGUUCCAGUCAGACCGACCAGACCUGUAUGACUUUUAA